AUGCAUUUUUCUGCAGAUAGCUGUCAGCAGCUGGACAGUGGAAUGGUCAACAAGAGCCAACGUGGAAUCAGUGGUGAGGAUUCUGAGGAGUCUCAUAUCCGACUGCAGCUGAAGAGAAAACUGCAAAGAAAUCGAACAUCUUUUACACAAGAUCAGAUAGAAGCUUUGGAAAAAGAGUUUGAGAGAACACACUAUCCAGAUGUUUUUGCCAGAGAGAGGUUAGCUGCUAAAAUUGAUUUACCAGAAGCAAGAAUUCAGGUGUGGUUCUCAAACAGACGUGCAAAAUGGAGACGUGAAGAAAAGCUGCGCAAUCAGAGGCGCCAGGCAAACAGUGCUUCUAGUCAGAUAUCAGUGAACAACAACUACUCCAGCAAUGUCUACCAGACAGUAACCCAGACUGCCAGCUCAGGCUCAAUGAUUGCUCGUAGUGACUCAGCCCUCAUGAACACGUAUGCUCCUCUUGCACCUGUGCCAGGCUUUUCAAUGGCUAACAGCUUACAGAUACAGUCAGUGCAUCCUGUGGUGAGCCAGACUUCCUCCUACUCCUGCAUGAUUCCUGCUACUUCAUCAGUCAGUGUCCACAGCUAUGAAAGCUACACUCCUCCACAACUCCAGACACACAUGACCACUUCCAGUCUGAGCUCCAGUGGGACAGGAUCAGCAGGACUUAUUUCUCCUGGAGUAUCGGUGCCAGUACAGGUCCCUGGUAGUGAGCAAGAUCUUGCUUCAUUCUGGUCAAGGCUCUAGUAACUGAAAAGAAGAUAUGAAAUAAAAAUAACCUGAGCAAACAUAGCGUUCCCUCUUCUUUUUUAAAAGUUGACCACCAGUAAAUCUCACUUCGUGUGAAUUUCACGUUUUAACUGGAAGAAACAUUUACGUUUGCCGUUAACUUUUUCAUAGAAGAGUUCAACAGAGUGUGAAGUAAAGCCCUGUUUUCUUGAGAAGGAACUUUGGCACAAAGGGACAACUUGGAAUAAAUAUGGCUAGGCUUUUAAGGGCUCUAGGGCCAUUAGUCUAGUAACCUUCUAUGAACCUAUUACCUAGUAUCUAUCUCUCUGACAUUUGGAAGAUAAUGUAAUGUCAGUCUGCCCCUCAGUAAAGAUACACGUGGUGUCUAAAAUGUAAUUGCUUUCACUUAAUUAUUUUGUGAAUUAGACUUAACAAAAUGUUACAGUUCAUACAGAUUCUCAAGAAAAGACAUUACUUUCUUUGUUUGAAUGACUGACACAUAAAAGUCACAUGAAAAAAAAAAUCUUUAUCCUUAUCAUCAGCUGCCAGUGGGGCUGGGCCAUGGACAAUAUCAAGGUGUAUCAGAAAUUGCACCAGCACCCCUGCACAGACUACAGUUUUAAGAUUCACUCCAUUUAUAUAUGAUAGAGAGGGGCAUUAAUGCAUAUCAAACAUUGCCUUGUUAUCCCUCCUUGAUGAUCUACUUUAACCAAGUUAUGUUUUAUAUUCUCUCUCAAUGGUGUGGAAUAUAUUCUGUUGUAUUAUGAAAAUGUCACAUAUUUUGCAAAUGAAAAUGAACACUAUAUUUCUUGC